AUGGGUCGGCACCAGGAUAGUGAGGAGAGCGUUGUGGGCGCCGUGAUUGCUUCCCUGCCACUUGGAGGCGACGCGAUGAUGGAAUUCGACAUCGCUAAUGAGUUUCUGACUGGUUGGGGCAGGAAGGGCUACACUACUGAGCUCAUUCCGGGCUGCCUCAAAGAGGCGGAAAAGAAGAAGCUCUUGGAUUCAAGGGCUUCGGAGGAACUGACAGAGGAAGACUUCACAGCCCAAUGGCGCGAUUUAGUCAACAGCUGCAGGGCUCCUAGAGAUCACAAAAGCAUAGUCGAAUUCCCCAUCCCGGGCACUGAAAGGAUCAUGAUACAACAAGGGAAGAAAUUGAAUCAGCAUUAUAUCCAUGUGGUAGAGAGCAAAGGGUUUGCAAGAUUCAUCAGCACGGGCAGGAAUUUGAGAAGCAAAAUCAGCGAGACGCCUCUGUUACCACAAAAGCGCUAUUACUACGACCUUUACCUCGACAGAGGAAGCCAAAGGCUACAAUACCAGAUCACCGGCAAUGUUGGCACGCGACAGGUUACCUUCGAAUGGUUCGUGUCGGCAUUCCAGCACCUCUCCCGGUACUACCAUUUCUCACUUACCUUUUCCGAGGCGGCUCCUGGCGACAUUCUCGCUCUUUACUGCGAGAUUGUUGAGGACGGCGGUGCCGGCGGCGCUUACGGGACGGUCGGGGUGCAGAACACCAUGGUAAACAAGUUUUUGCAGUACGAAGACCGCACUGCUGGCACUGUCACGAAUGGCACGAGCGUCAGGUACGUUACGGUGAACAAUGUCUUGACGGCGGAUCACUUUGACUCCUCGAAGACCACCUAG